UUCACUUUCUCUCUCUAUAUAUAUCUCUCUCUCUCUCUCCAAAUCUACAAAGCUCAAAAUGUCAAUCUCAGUAGAAUCUUCAUCCCCUGUUUCCCUUAACAAGGGUUCACCAAGCUUGAUGGGUUCUUCAGAAAUUUACAGUCCAUCAUCAGAUAGACGUUUUUGGAGUAAUCUUCGAAGCAGGGUCGAUACGAUUCUUGAAAAUCGCGAAAAUCGCAACCCUGUUGAUUUUUCCUUCCCUGGUCAAAAGAGUGAUGGAGCUGAGGAUCGAUCGAAGAGGAUGAAGGAAGAUGCUAUGCUAUUACUAAGAGGAUUUGAUUCUGUUGCUGACACUCUUUCACAGUUAUCUGGCAAUCUCGAAAACGCCCUUCAGGGAGCAAGAAGUCUAGCAAAACCUCCCACAUUGACAGAUAUACUUCAUUGCACCAUGGAAAAGGCCAAAAGUGAGGAAAACCAAUCAAAGGAAGGGGGUAAACAUGAGGGAGACGAAGAAAAAGAAGAGAGCGAAGAAGGCAAUAGAGGGUUAAAGAGAAAAUUGGAUUCUGAAGAAAUCUCAGAGGAUCCUCAACAAGAUGAUGAUUUCAAAAAAGAAAUUGAGCACGCCCCGAAGGAGCUCGGAAAGUUCAAGAAGGCCAAAAAUCUUGCGAUUUCCAUGGCGUCAAAAGCAGCCACGUUAGCUCGAGAAUUAAAAUCAAUGAGAUCGGACCUACGCUUUAUGCAAGAACGUUCUGCUCUUUUGGAGGAGGAGAAUAGAAGGCUUCGUGAUGGAUUUGACACGGGGAUACCACCAGAAGAAGAUGACCUGGUGAGGCUCCAAAUGGAGGCACUUCUAGCUGAAAAAUCCAGGCUUGCAAAUGAAAAUGCGAGCUUGAAUAGGGAGAACCAGUGCCUUAGACAGCUUGUUGAGUACCACCAGUUUGCCUCAGAAGAUCUCUCCUCGUCCUACGAAGGCUUACUAAGAGGAAUGGGAUUGGAAAUUUCAUGUUCUCCAGAGGAACAUACUGAGGCAAAUGGUGGAUCCGGAGCGCGAGAGAAAGAUAUAUACGGAAUUUCCAAAUCCCUUGAUGAGAUCUAUGAUGAAGAAUGAAGAAAUAUUGAUUAGAGUAAAAUUGCUUUUUGCUCCAUGUUGUAAUCUAUCUAUAUUAAAUAUUGUAAAAUUUUGUUGUCAGCCUAUGUUGCAAGUUGUAUUUCUAUAAUGAUAGACAACAAUUAUGUUGUUCCUC